GAGAGAGAGAGAGAGAGAGAGAGAGAGAGAGAGAGAGAGAUCUGAAGACAAUAUACACGAUGUUUGACGAGAACGACGACUCAAAUGACGAGCCGAAGACCAUCGAUGACGACUACUAUGCCUUUCUGAAUGUCGCCAAACAGGCAUCGCCCGACGAGAUAACCCGGGCCUACAAAUCGAUGUCCAAACGUCUUCAUCCCGACAAACAUCUAGAUCCGGAUCACAAGAAAGAGGCAGACAUUAUGUUCAACAAAGCGAAGAAGGCGUACGACGUUCUAAUAGAUCCCCAUUUGAGAGCCAUCUACGAUACCGUCGGCACCAAAGGACUCGAAACGGACGGUUGGGUUUUGAUGGAGAAGCGAAAGUCGCCGCAAGAAAUACGAGAAGAGUACGAACGAUUGCUUCGCGAAAAAGAGGAACGCCUUCUUCAGCAGCGGACAAACCCGAAGGGCAACAUUAGUGUCCAAAUAAAUGCGACCGAUCUGUUUGACCACUACAACGAAUGGCAGGCCAUCUACUAUCCAACCAUUGAGGUGUCGUCGAUGUCUAUAUCGCAGUCGAUUGACGCGCCACUGACCAUCAACGAUACCCUAACGCUAAGCGGUUCGCUUAGUUCGCAUAACGGUACCGGCCAGGGUACAGUGGCCACUGCACUACGUCAUGUAGUGUCGGCCAAAACGUGGUGCGAAGUUGAGUUGGCCGCCGGCCAGGGACCGAUCAUUGCGCUAAAAGGAUUUCGCAAUUUUACCAAAAAGAUGCACUCAAACUGUCACCUAUUACUUCACUUUAGUCCCGUCGGUGUUCGUCCAGGACUGCAAUGGGUUGUAAGUCGACAUCUGGACAAACAUUUGAUCGGUUAUCUAACAUUGAAAACAGGAAUGCAGUCAUCCAUCAACACAAUGGUGGCCUGGGAUCACCAAAAAGCCCGAAUACUUUGUUCCAUUCAAUUAGGAUUUCCUCACUGUUUCGUAACCGGCAGUUAUUCGCAUAAAUUAGAGCAAAACGAUACCAAACUGAAAGUGGCCGUCAAGGCCGGUACUUUUGGUGCCGUUUUCGAGUAUGGAUGUGAAACACGUCUAUCCAAACAUAGUAUAAUCGGUGCUUCUAUUAGUAUAGGUGUGCCAUCCGGUGUCUCACUUAGACUAAGGUUGAGUCGGGCCAACCAAAGCUACAACUUUCCCAUAUUGUUGAGCGACGAUGUACUGCCAAACGCCAUAUUCUACGGAACAGUUGCGCCAUUACUUAGUUUUUAUUGUCUGCAAACGUUUAUCAUAAAUCCGUAUAAUAGACGAGAAUCGGCCAAAGAGAAGGAACGGGUGCGCAAACAAAAUCGGUCCAAAAUAGUGGAGCGCCGUAAAGAGGCCGAAGCUGUCAUUACGCUAAUGCGCGAACUGUACGCCCGCAUUAUGGACAGGGAAACCGAGAAAAAGGGAUUGAUUAUCGACAGAGCAUUGUAUGGGUCCGAGUCGGCCAUUGACCGGUUCAAAGACAAUGAAGAGACGUUGUCAUUAGAUGAAGAAGCUUUUGAUGUGGUCCUACCGUUACAGUGUCUGGUGAAUAACGACUCGACACUGACGCUUACCGAUGCCAGUAAAGCACAGUUACCCGGCUUUUAUGAUCCCUGUAUGGGUGAGGACAAGAAACUCUAUAUUAGAUACAAAUAUAAUGAACGCAUUCAUCAGAUACUCAUUGAUGAUAGUCAAGCACUUCAUAUACCAGCAAAAGUUCAUCUCAUAGAUUAACUGAAGUCAUAAUAACAGUUUGGAUUUGUUGCCAU